AUGUCACUCUCCUCCUCAUCCAGCGUCUCCAACAUGUACAAUCUCGACGAGAAGAUUGAUAUGCUCCUGCUACCGCCAACCUCUCUUCGCGUCCGCGAUUUCGGCUGGCCUGAAACAUCUGCACGCUACCGCGGCGACCACACGCAAGAAAGCAACCCCGAUUGGGCCCACGACCCGAUGGACAGCCCCAAGGCAAAGGAAGAGGCUUUUCAAAAGAUGGAAGUCUCGUACGCGCUCUACAUGGCAAACAUUGGAGGACCAAAAGCAGGGCCGCAAAAGAAAAAGGCAGUCUGGGCUAGGUUUCUGCCCUGGGUGCGUUGA